AUGCACCAGCCGUUGUCCCUCCGCUCACCCUUUCCUCGUCAUCUCCGCUGCCAACUAACUCUGGCUGUUCUUCUGGACCACCACUUCCAUCCUCCUCCUCCUCCUCCUCCUCCUCCUCCUCCUCCUCCUCCUCCUGCCCAUGCACCAACCACGGCCUCUCUGGUAGCUGUUACGCACACCAGCAUCACACACAUCCAUGACACAACAACAGACACAUUUCCUCCAACCUGCGACACCAGGGGUGGGGACCAGGACUACACCUGCCCUCACUGCGACCGCACAUUCACCUCACGCAUCGGCCUGGUCGGUCACUUGCGAAUCCAUCGUACAGAGACAGGAGAACCAGUGCCUGGAGCACCAACCUACACCCACCGCACUCGCCUCCACUGCCCACACUGCCCUCGCACCUUCACUCAUCGCACGGGCCUAUUCAGUCACAUGCGCAUCCACGAGAGCGGAAAAGGUGCCCUAAAAAUUGCUGGAAACCACGCUGUCUGUAGACUGGCCGUGGCCGCAGACAAAACACAUACGGUCGAAACAGCCAAAACCGAAACAAAAACAGCAAUCACUCUCUUCCUCUUCCAGCCGCCUAGGUGCGGCUUCGGUCGUGCCAGCCUCCAAUCUGUGUUGUGUUGGUUGAAAUCCUGGUCAUUUGUUGUGUGGACCAGGGGGUGUGGUGGAACGCCAAGGUGAGGAUCCGUCCGAGUCAUCCACCUGCGGCCUCCCUCGUCUCCGGUCUUCUUGACUCUGUCUUGACACCGGGCUCAGGCGGGGGAGGAGGAGAGAGUGUAGGUAGAUGCAGCGCAAGUCUACUGGCACUAUAAACUCCUGCGCAAGUCACCGUCCCUGCUCCCACCGCUGCUGCAGGUGUGGGGCACACGGUGGACAUCGUCGAAAUCGACAGUCGAACUGAUGUGUGUAUGUGUGUGUGUGUUUGUUUGGGCUCGAAUCGGACUUGUUGGACAUCUUCGGAUCAACUGCACCUCUCAAACUGCCCCAACCAUCGUCCCCCCGCCUGCCUCUUCCUCAUUCUCUCUGCCGCCAACUAACUCUGACAACUCUUCUGUACCACCACUUUCAUCCUCCUCCUCCUCCUCCUCCACUGCCCCAGCGGCGGCCGUUCAGACUGCCGUCUCACACAUCACCAACCCCAACACAACAACCGACACCACCCCCACCUCUCCCGAUCCCACUGAUGAGGAUCAGGACUACACCUGCCCUCACUGCGACCGCACCUUCACCUCUCGCAUCGACCUGGUCGGUCACUUGCGAAUCCAUCGCACAGAGGCUGGCGAACCAGUGCCUGGAGCACCAACCUAA